GCAGAGCCGAGAAUGGGAGUAGAGCGGAGCUGCUGAGCCCGACAACCGAUCUCCGUCACUCCGCUCUCCUCGCCUCGCUCUCGCGGCCUGCCCACCCCGUCCAUCAAUCAUCCCGCCGGCCGCCGCUCAGAACACCUUCCACCAUGGCCACCUCAGCAAGUUCCCACUUGAACAAAGGCAUCAAGCAAAUGUACAUGUCCCUGCCCCAGGGUGAGAAAGUGCAAGCCAUGUAUAUCUGGGUGGACGGUACCGGAGAAGGCCUGCGUUGUAAGACCCGCACCCUGGACUGUGAGCCCAAGUGUGUGGAAGAGUUACCUGAGUGGAAUUUUGAUGGAUCUAGUACCUUUCAGUCCGAAGGCUCCAACAGUGACAUGUAUCUCAGCCCUGUUGCCAUGUUUCGGGACCCCUUCCGCAAAGAGCCCAACAAGUUGGUGUUCUGUGAGGUUUUCAAGUACAACCGGAAGCCUGCAGAGACCAAUUUACGGCACACCUGUAAACGGAUAAUGGACAUGGUGAGCAGCCAGCACCCCUGGUUUGGAAUGGAACAGGAAUACACUCUCAUGGGAACAGACGGGCACCCUUUUGGCUGGCCUUCCAAUGGCUUCCCUGGGCCCCAAGGUCCAUAUUACUGUGGCGUGGGAGCAGACAAAGCCUAUGGCAGGGAUAUCGUGGAGGCUCAUUACCGGGCCUGCUUAUAUGCUGGAGUCAAGAUUACAGGAACAAAUGCUGAGGUCAUGCCUGCCCAGUGGGAAUUCCAGAUAGGACCGUGUGAAGGAAUCCGCAUGGGAGAUCAUCUCUGGGUGGCCCGGUUCAUCUUGCAUCGCGUAUGUGAAGACUUUGGGGUGAUAGCGACCUUUGACCCCAAGCCCAUUCCCGGGAACUGGAAUGGCGCAGGCUGCCAUACCAACUUUAGCACCAAGGCCAUGCGGGAGGAGAACGGUCUGAAGUACAUUGAGGAGGCCAUUGAGAAGCUGAGCAAGCGGCACCAGUACCACAUUCGCGCCUACGAUCCCAAGGGGGGCCUGGACAACGCCCGGCGUCUGACUGGAUUCCACGAAACCUCCAACAUCAACGACUUUUCGGCCGGCGUGGCCAACCGCAGCGCCAGCAUCCGCAUUCCCCGGACUGUCGGCCAGGAGAAGAGGGGUUACUUUGAAGACCGUCGUCCUUCUGCCAAUUGUGACCCGUUUGCCGUGACAGAAGCCAUCGUCCGCACAUGCCUUCUCAACGAGACUGGCGACGAGCCCUUCCAGUACAAGAACUAAGUGGCCUAGACUUUCAGUGAUCUUGAGCCCUUCCUAAGUUCAUCCCACUCCAACUCUUCCCCGUCCCAUUUUGUCCUCAUUGUAACUCAAAGGAUGGAAUAUCAAGGUCUUUUUAUUCCUCGUGCCCAGUUAAUCUUGCUUUUAUUGGUCAGAAUAGAGGGGUCAAGUUCUUAAUCUCUACACACCCAAUCCUCCUUUUUUUCCUGUCUAGCUUUCUAGUUGGGGGGGGUGGGCGGAUUAGGGGAAGGUACCCACUGCUUUGACUCAUCAGGAAUGCAUGUCCAAUAGGCGUAGCUGUCACAAAGCGGGUGUUUUUGUGGAGGAGGACUUUUUCUUCAGAAUAGUGGAAAGAGCAGGUCCACUGCUUGGAUUAACAAUUCCCUGUUGCUCGAGAGCUGUUAGUUCUUCAGGCAGAACCAACUUUUUUAUUCCGGAUGGAAGUUAGGGGAGGGAACAUUGGAGGUUCUCUAGUAUCGUGUUUCCUUUGAUUGGGGGAGUUCAUGCCCUCCGUGAAGACAGCUCAGUGUUAUCACCUGAUGGAUAGCCCUACUGUAAAGGAAGAAAAAGUUCUGAUUUCUGGGUCCUCCAUUUAUAACACAAAGCAGAGUAGUAUUUUUAUAUUUAAAUGUAAAAACAAAAAAGUUAUAUAUAUGGAUGUGUGGAUACAUGUGUAUUUCUAGUUGAGAAAACCACCCUAGUCAUGGGUUUGCCAAGUUUGAGUGAAAGAGCUUGGUUGGAAGUAAGGCUGUCUUGAACAGGGGUGGGGAUGCAGUACCAGGAAAGUCGGUUAUCUGGGGCUCAGCUUCAGCACUACAUAGGGUUUUCCUGCCCACUCUGCAGGAGCAGAUGCUGGACAGGUAGCAGGUGGGAGCCAGUGCUUGCCACCUCCUGCCCCGUGCUUAGGCUAAGAUACAUAUGUAUCCACACGAGUUAGAAGUAUGAGUUGGCUGGUCAACUUGAACAUUGUUACUGAUGGGGGUGGGUGGGGAUUAUUUUUUUUUUGGUGGGACUAGCAUGUCACUAAAGCAGGCCUUUUGGUAUAUUAAAUUUUUUAAAGCAAAACAAGUUCAGCUUUUAAUCAACUUUGUAGGGGUUUCUAACUUUACAGACUGGCCUGUUUAUUUCAGUGUCUCCUCCCACUUUGCUCUUGGAGAAACUGAGGACAGGCCUGGAGUUAAAACAUGGGUCAGUUUGUAUCCUGGUCUCUUUCUCCCAGAAUAUUCCUUUCCUCCUUAGGAAUCCUGUGGAGUUUUGUUUUUGUCUUUUAUAAUAAACAUACCCCACCUCCACCCCAGCUCGCCCUGCUGUUUCUCUGGCUGUUUGUAGGCCGUCCGCAGCAGGCUGCCUGUGGCUUUUCUCCUGCUAUGACGACUUCUAAUUGCCAUGUACAGUAUGUUCAGUUAGAUAACUCCUCAUUGUAAACAGACUGUAACUGCCAGAGCAGUGCGUAUAAAUCAACCUAACAUUUAUAAGA